AUGCCACUACCGCAAAGACAACGCUUUGGAGAUGUUCAUCGGCGGCUCCCAGCAAGCCGAAGAUCCAGUGUCACAUCUCAAACCUUGAGGCGCAGUAUAUCAGCAACUCCAAUCCCAAGGAAUGUUUCCACUACCCGAAACCAACCUCGCCGUCGACCUUGGGAUUUAAUGCCAGUGAUUGGAAUGGGGGCGGUAUAUCGUUCUGAGAAUAACACAGAAGCUUACUUACUCGGUCGAUUUCCGGGUUAUUUUCCUUUUAAUGUUGGAUCUCUGAAAGACGCCUGUGACUCCUGCGGAGCUCUUCACUGGAAAUUGGAGCGUACAUUGAACGAUUUGUCCAAAGACACCGCCAGUUACUCAACCUGCUGUGGAAAAGGCUCAGUCGAGAUGCCUGUUAGAUACGAAGAAGCCGAUUAUCCUUGGUUUAUGCGAAAAUUGCUAACCGACCUUGAUCAAACUUCCCUCGAGUUUCAAAGGCAAAUUUGCGCCUACAAUAACUCGCUGUCCUUUGCUUCCUGUGGUGCUGAAAUCAAUCGAUCUGUUCAAGGAUAUGCAGGAAUAUAUACAUUCAGGAUCAGAGGCCCUCUGUAUCAUGACAUCGGCAGUGUGUUCCCGCGUGGUAAUGCUAGGCCAGCGUUCUCUCAAAUUUACGUGGUAGGAGGCAACGAUGCCCAGGAGGCUGAAUAUCGUGCAGAGCAAGCUAGGUCGCCAGUCAAUGUUCAACUACUUUUGAGGCUUCAGCGAAUGAUAGGACAGGACGAUCCGGAUCCCAAUUCUCAGUACGUACUACAAAACUACAAUCGACCCGGACUAAAUCAAAAUGUUUAUAACGUGCCUCGGACGCUGGAAGUUGGAAUGGUAAUCGACAACGAUGAUCCUGAUCAAAUUGCCCCAAGGGAUAUUGUCCUGCGGCCCAUUGAAGGGGGUCUCAUGCACAUUACAGACGACUUGAGUGGCUACUUGCCAAUUCGCUAUCCAAUUUUUUUCCCAUUUGGGGAGCAAGGGUGGGUUCGUGCGUGGCCAGGUGAUGAAGAAACAGAGACUGAGGAAAACAUUUCGCAGCGUGAAUGGUAUGCCUGCAUGAUAUUUGACCGACAAGACAAGUUCUCAGCAAUACUAUAUGGAAAAAAUCUCUUUCAAGAGUUAUUAGUAGAUAUGUACUUCUGUGUUGAAUGCUCGAGACUCAAUUUCUUUCACUUUAAUCAGGCGCAGAUCAAGGCAGAGCUCUAUCAAGGCAUCAAAGAAUCAUUCAGGGAUGAUGUUGACGUUCAAGGAAGACGGAUUAUCCUUCCAUCUUCCUUUUCUGGUUCCCCUAGGAAUAUGAUGCAGCUGUACCAAGAUUCGAUGGCUCUGGUGCGGCAUUUUGGCCAACCUUCUCUAUUCAUCACAAUGACGGCCAACGCUCGCUGGCCUGAAGUUCUUGCGGCUUUGAAACCAAACGAAGAACCAUGGGAUCGGCCUGAUCUGAUUGUCCGGGUAUUCCGAAUGAAGCUCACCUCUCUCAUCAAGGCCAUCGUCAAGAAGAAGAGACUUGGCAGUGUGGCAGCUUGGGUUUAUACCAUUGAGUUCCAGAAGCGGGGCCUGCCACACGCCCACAUAAUGGUAAUCUUGGAGCCAGGAAGCGUCCCGACAGCACCCGAAGCAAUAGAUUGCUUGGUUACUGCUGAGAUUCCUGACCCAGAAUCUGAGCCCCAGCUCUAUUCCAUUGUCACUUCUUGCAUGCUUCACGGUCCAUGCAAUCCUAACAGUAUGUGCUGGCAAGAUGAUGCCUGCAAGAAAGGUUUUCCGAAGCCGUUCCAAUCGGAGACUUCUUUGGUCGACGACUCCUACCCAAGAUAUCGACGCAGAGACAAUGGCCGACAUGUAUUCAAGAACAACCACGAGUUCCACAAUGGCCAUGUGGUUCCAUACAACAAGUACCUCCUUUUACGGUACAAAUGUCACAUAAAUUUUGAAAUCCCCUACGGAAUUCAUGGCAUGAAGUAUCUGUUUAAAUACAUCUGUAAAGGUGUCGAUCGGUCUUCAAUGCGGAUGACGGAAGGCGACGAAACCCUCAAAUUUAUCAAUGGUCGAUACAUUGGUCCCUCCGAAGCCGUGUACAGGCUUCUGCGAUUUCCUACAAACGAGCGAGAACCUGCAAUUCAACGGUUAGCUAUACACCUGGACGGUCAACACACCGUAUACUUCACUGAUCAAGAGGGACUGGAAAGACAGAUGGAAUCUGGCUCAGCAGCGCGCACCACGCUCACUGAAUAUUUCCGACUGAACCGCUUGAAUGCUAUUGGCUAUGGGGUUCCAGCACGAUCUUUGCUCUACCACGAGAUUCCAAAGUAUUUCCGAUGGUCGAAGAAAAAACGAUUCAAAGGACGCAAGCAAGCUUCCAACAUGAUUGGUCGCCUCUAUCAUGCCAUGAUCAAUCAAGGCAAGCGCUACUUCUUGAGGCUUUUGCUUCUUCAUAGAAAAGGGGCCACAUGCCCUGAAGACCUCCGAACUGUGGGUACUCGGAUUUUUGAUACUUUCCGGGAGGCAGCCGAUGAACUUGGAUUAUUAGUCAGAAAUCGGCAUUACUCUGAAUCCAUGGCCGAUGCGGCACAUUGGAUGACAGGUAGCGGUCUUCGUUUCAUGUUCUGUAUGCUGUUACUUCACAGUCCGCCAGCAAAUCCAAAGAAGUUACUCAAUGAUUUCUUAGAACAUCUCUCAGAUGAUCUGAUGUACCGACUGCAGCACAGAUACGGCAUUCAGAAUCUUUCCAUUGAAGAUCGCAACUCUCUGUGCUACUUCCUGAUUCACAAUAUUUUGACUGAACAUGGAAAAAACUUCUCUGAUGUCGGUUUGGAAGCAAUCAGUUCCAUCGAUCACUUGUGGGACCUAUUUGAAUCUGACCUGAGUGACGAUGACGACGUUGCUGUAGAUCAUGUGGAUCGUUUCUUAUCUAUGUCUCAGUGUCUCAAUGAACGGCAAACAAUCAUCAUGGAAGCUCUGAUUCAACUUAUGGAUAUCGAUGACUUGGGUCUUAUAUACAUCGAUGGCCCUGGAGGCCAACGAGAUCAAAGUUGUGACAGUAGCUUCCUCCGGAGUCGCAGGCUCAUGCUAUUUGAAGGCAUGACAGCACACUCCCAAUUCAAAAGACCUCUCGAUCUGAACUCAACCUCUCAGUGCAGUUGGAAGACGCGAACUCCUUCGACUCAAGAACUCCAAGAGGCAAAGGUCAUAAUCUGGGACGAAAUCUCAAUGCAGAGCAAGUACGCAGUAGAGGCUGUUGAUCGAGCUUUCAGAGACUUGAUGCAAGACGAUCGACCAUUUGGGGGAAAAGUGAUCAUCUUUGGAGGCGAUUUCCGACAAACGUUACCGGUUGUACCCGGAGGGACUAUCUUUGAUCAGGCAAAUGUUUGUAUGAUCAACUCACCCAUUUGGAACCAUGUUUACACGUUCCAGCUUACUCAAAACCAGCGAUUGCGAACCACCUCCAACCCUGAAUCAGCUCAAACAAACAUGGAGUUCUAUCAUUGGCUGUUGUCAAUUGGUAAUGGAAGUAAUCAAACCGAGUUUUCUUCAGAUGUUGAGCUGAAAUAUGGCAGCGUUUUCAAGCACCUGAUCGCAUCGGUUGUGACUAACAUGGCGAUUGAACAGGCUUAUGGAGAUCUGUCUAACAUACUCAACAAAAACGACACUGACAGAAUUUGCAACUUUUUCACGGACCGUCUAAUCUUGGCUCCGCUCAAUGCCGAUGUGACCAAAAUCAAUGCCAUAUGUAGAGAUCGUCUGCCCGGCCGAGCGUUAGUUUUGAAUUCUGUGGACCAGAUGAUGAAUGAGGCGGACGGCUUAGAUAGCGAUGAAGCGGUGCCUGAAGAGGUUCUGAACACGUUCUCAUUGCCGGGUUUCCCUGAACACAAACUUGAAUUGAAAGUCGGUAUGCCUGUAAUCCUAUUGCGGAAUCUCAACCUAAAGCGAGGCCUGUCCAACGGGACCCGGCUCUUGAUUCUUGGGAUAAGACGAAGUGCACUGCGAUGCAAGAUUCUCAGCGGUUUUCGGGUUGGCAAAGAAGUAUUGAUCCCUAAACUUAAACUUAUUCAUGAGGCCAAUCACGUUUAUGGGGUCUCCUUCUCAAGAUACCAAUUCCCCGUCGCAGCAGCUUUUGCAUUGACCAUCAACAAAGCUCAAGGUCAAUCGUUAUCGGUGGUUUCAGUUUACCUGCUGCAACCGGUUUUUGGUCAUGGUCAACUUUACGUUGCUCUGUCCCAAGUAACCAACUUGAACGGGUUAUCAAUCUGCAUGGUGGGUGAUCCAGAUCUUCCUUUGAUCACUACAAACAUCGUCAAUCUUGAUGUAAUACGACGAUGUCAUGGAACUUCCGAGGUCUAG